UUACAUAACACACGUGUUUCAAACAAUCAAAACAAAACAGAUAAUUUUGAGUGCGUUUUGCUUGCUAUCGAAAUGCCGCCUAAAAAGCGCCUUCUUUCUGAAGAAAUAGCAGAACCAAGUCCUUUAGCUAAGAAGAGGAAAAUUUCUAAAAAAUCCGUGCAAAUAUCGAAGCAAGAAAACCAAAAAUCAAAGCAAAAGAGAGAAGAUAAGACUUCACCAAAAGCGAAAUUAGGAAAGAUUAAAAAAGAUUCCCAACGAAAGGAAGAAGUCAAGAGARAUAAGCAUGGCAAGCUAGUGUUUCCUGAUUACCCUGAAUUCAAGCCUAACUUAACCCCGAAAGAAGUUCUACAAGCGGGUAGUUUUGGUGGGACAUACUAUAGACCUAUCAAAUCUAGUGUCACAGGAGAAAAAUAUUCUGGAGAAUGGAAGGAAUUCCCCUCAGAUUGGUUUGAUGGAUUAUCAAUCAAUAAGCAAGUAUCUUCAUCAACAUACCACAUUGAUGUCAAUACUUAUAAUGUUAAAUGCGGUGGGAGUCUAGAGAUGUGGGAAAGCAGUGGAUGGAUUGCUAAACAAGGCCCAUAUGGUUGGUUUCAGUGGUACUGCCGAUUCUAUCUCGGCCGACGGACAGAUGAUGACAAGCGACAGAUUGGUCGUUGGAGUAAAUGUGCUGGAGAUAAGGGACGUUGGAGAAAUAACCUUAUUUCUAAGAUUGUACGCAGUGGCUGUUGCCAUGACAACCAUGGGGUGUCACCAGUUGUGCGUCAAACGUUACAGCACUGGGGGUACAGACUUAAUAAAGAAGAUUAUGAAAAGGGAGCUAAAAGAGUUAAAGCAAAAUAAGAWUUUUUUUUGACACUUGAAAGUUUUAACUUAGUUUUUUAUAGAUAAAGCACUAGUUGCUGUCACGUAAGCUAUUGUCAUUACUCUCAUGAGAAUAAAAGCCUUUGUUUCCCCAGCAUAAAUUUAUUCUCAAGCGCUUGAAUUUGAGGCUACGCGUGGUGGAAUCUAUUGUUCAAUCCAACAUGGCUGCCGCGUGAAGAAGGCCCAUGCCAACUAGAGGUCUAUUCACUGAUGAAACAAAGUAACUUGGAAAGAACUAUUGAGAUGAUGGUUGGCAAAUUAACAUCACAACGCUAAUGUUUGUAAGCAAAAAUAAAUAAUUUGCAUUAUCAUCAA